UGUAGUUUUAUUUACCUACGUGCCCAGAUGUGUUUGCGGUCUCAAGAUGUUUUGGAGUAUCAUUGACAAAGAGCGGGAGUGAAGUUCCGAAAAGCAUGAAAACUGCGAAAACAUUGCAGUGCGUUGAAAAAAAUGUGUGAUGUUUGAAGUCAGAGAUGGAAGUAUCAGAUUAAUUGUUUCACCUUGAAUGUGAAGGCUAGAUCAGAGCUGCUAGGGGGAUCUGUGGCUACGCCAAGCCCACCAAGCCUUCACUUAGCUGGGAAACAUCUGCUGAGGCCUCCUCUGCCUCCUGGACUUCACCAUGGCGAUGCUGCUCCCCCAGAAUCCAUCUCAGGUGCAUGCAGCUGCUGUGAAUGGAGACAAGAACACCUUACAGAGACUGAUCUCAGCUGAGUCUCGUCUGCGGGACAGUGAGGAUCAGUUCGGCCGGACUCCUCUGAUGUAUUGUGUGCUGGCCGACCGCUUGGACUGUGCAGAGGUGCUGCUAAAGGCUGGCGCAGCCGUCAACAACACUGACCACAGUCAGAGGACCGCACUGCACCUCGCAGCACAGAAGGGCAACGUGCGCUUCAUGAAACUUUUACUGUCGCGCCACGCCGAUUGGCGGUUAAAGGAUCUGGAAGAAAUGACUCCAUUACACCUGGCAACGCGACAUUCGAGCUCCAAACCUCUGUCUCUGCUCCUCAAGCACAUGGCACCUGGUGAGGUGGACACACAGGACAGGAAUAAGAGCUGCUGCAAGAGCUUGCCAGGCGCCUACAAGGCUCAGGGUCUCGUCGCAGUGUUAACCUUAUGUGUGUGUGAAGUGACAAUCACACACUCGCUGCAUGCCAAAGAUGUCUUCCAUCGCAGAGAGAAGACAGACCAACUCAAUUUCACAACAAAGACACAGACAGCUCUGCACUGGAGUGCCUUCUACAAUCACCCCGAGCAUGUUAAGCUGCUGAUCAAGCACGAUUCAAACAUCGGGAUCCCAGACAGCGAGGGGAAGAUCCCUCUACACUGGGCGGCACAUAACAAACACCCCAAUGCCACACGUACGGUACGCUGUAUUCUGGAAGCUGCUCCCACCGAGUCCCUGCUGAACUGGCAGGACUAUGAGGGACGCACCCCUCUGCACUUUGCAGUGGCUGAUGGGAAUGAGGCAGUGGUUGAAGUGCUGACAUCAUACGAGGGCUGCAGUGUGACAGCCUAUGAUAACCUGUUCAGGACACCACUGCACUGGGCGGCACUGCUGGGUCAUGCUAAGAUCGUACACCUUCUGUUGGAGAGAAACAAGUCUGGGAUGAUCCCAUCAGACAGUCAGGGAGCAACACCUCUGCACUAUGGAGCUCAGAGCAACUAUGCUGACACAGUGGCAGUUUUUUUAAAACACCCCUCUGUGCGAGAUGAGCCUGAUCUGGAGGGACGAACAGCUUUCAUGUGGGCUGCAGGGAAGGGCAGCGAUGAUGUCAUCAAAACUAUGCUGGAUCUGAAAAAGGACCUGGACAUAAACAUGACUGACAAAUAUGGAGGGACAGCGCUUCAUGCGGCUGCACUCUCAGGGCAUGUGUCCACUGUGCGGUUGUUGCUCGAGCAGGGAGCCAUGGUGGACCCGCUGGACGUAAUGAAACACACACCUCUGUUCCGUGCAUGUGAGAUGGGCCAUCGAGAUGUCAUUCUAACGCUCAUCAAAGGAGGGGCUCGUGUAGAUCUGGUAGACAUAGACGGUCACUCUGCUCUUCACUGGGCAGCUCUGGGUGGUAAUGCGGAGGUGUGCGAGGUGUUGAUGGAGAACGGGAUCAGUCCUAACCUGCAGGACCACGCAGGACGAACUCCUCUCCAGUGUGCGGCAUAUGCUGGCUACAUCAACUGCAUGGCCUUGCUUAUUCAGCAUGACGCAGACCCCAAUAUCCAGGACAAGGAGGGGAGAACCGCACUCCACUGGUCCUGUAAUAACGGAUAUCUGGAUGCUGUGAAGCUGCUCCUGGGGUGUGGAGCCUUUCCCAACCAUAUGGAGCACACCGAGGAGAGGUACACUCCUCUAGACUAUGCCCUGCUGGGAGAGCAUCAAGAACUGACCCAGUUUCUAUUGGAGCAUGGAGCUCUAUCUAUCGCCGCCAUCCAGGACAUCGCCGCCUCGUCCAUCCAGGCUCUCUACAAGGGCUACAAGGUCCGACGGGCGUUCAGAGAGCGCAAGAAGCUCCUCAUGAGACACGAACAACUGCGCAAGGAUGCUGCAAAGAAGAGGGAGGAGGAGCGCAGACGUGAGGCUGAGCAGCAGCUCUCAUUGGCUGAGGCCGGUCAGAAGAAGCUCGUCUCAUUGGCUGAAGUCAGAGUGGAAAAACUGUCACUGGAUGAAACGGAGCAGAGUGUUAAAGAUCCAGCGGCGCUGAAGGGACACAAACACAGAAAAUCCCCCAGUGCUCAUAAUAUCCAAUCACAGAGCAGGAGAGAAAAAAAACAUAGAACAGAGCGCAGAACGAGAGAUGCUGAAACACCAGAGGCCUCUCUCUCUCUGGCAACCUCUGGUCUCACGGUGACCCCACUGAGCACCAGGAAGUGUUCAAGCACUGUAGAGGAGGAGUGUGUGAUGGAAACUCACAGCCUAGACACAUGCAUAUCCGUGGGAUGUGGGUCCACAUAUGAGCGCCGAUCCCCCGCUGGCUCAAGUCGACCAGGCAGUGCCAAACCGGUCAUCUCAGGGGCCCGUGUUGCAUCAGGCCACAUAGAAACCACCACAACGCCCAAAUCAGCAGCACAUAACAGACCCAGGACUACAGGGGCCCAUUUAAAACAAGCGGCCCUGGCUACACCACAAUCCACAGAGCCACCGACAGACAGCAUUUGUAGGUCAGCAUCCAUGGGGAACAAGCCAGCAUCAGAGCACAAAUCUAACAUCUCCAACUCCACCUCUGUCACACGACAAAAAGAGAGACGAGCAGAAAGAGAGACGCACAGAGAUAAGGAUUCUAGAUCAAGGACUGAGGGGGAUAAACAGGCUGGCAGAGAGAAACAGAAAUGUACAGGGAAGGAAAAAGACAAAGAGAGGUGGAUGGGCAGAACAAGAAAAAAACAAGUUGACAAAGAGAAAGAAAAGAAGAGAGACAGCAUACAUAGUAAAAACCAAGCUGCCAUUGUGAUACAGAGAGCAUGGAGGAGGUCUUGUAUUCGGGGUCGUCUUCAUAAAUUACUGUGCAAGACAGGGAAAGGGGCGGAGUCUGCUGAAGUCACAUCCCUGUUGAUUCAGCUACUAUGGGGGUGGCCUAUCUCUUAUGACCACACCCAUCACAAAACUUCUGACGUUCAAGCUCCUCCCACCCGGAAUGUAGGGAAAAAGAGCUCUGUGCUGCAAAAUAUAUAUGGCAGCAGCACCCCGUCCAAAAGAGGGCCCUCUUUGCAGGCUGCAGUGCUUAAACCACAGAGCCAAAGUCAAGCGCUGCUGGAUCUGUCACUUAAAACAAACAAACAGUUGAGCGCCGUCGAGUGUGUGAGCUUGGUGGAUACUUUAAGUCAGGCGAAGCAAUACUCUUACCAUCUAAGGCCAUCCAGUGCUGGCAGUCAAAGCGGUCAGAACAGAACGAAGAACUGAAACACAAACAUCCUUGGAUUUCUAGGAAUCAAAUCUUUGCUUAAGCAAUGCAGGGAUGAUGCACUUAAACUCAUUUGAUGUUUAUAGAAUCUAUUGCAUAAGGUACAGUAAACUCACGUGGUCCGUAUUAUUAAGCUUUUACAUAUGAAAUCUGCCAGUGAUUUUUAUUGCAUAAGGUUAGAGGUUAAAACCACAAACACAACAACUAUAUAAGAUAACCUUUCAUUCUGUCAGCAACAGGUCAUAUACCUGUCAUAAUGGUGACAUAGGACUUGCACAAGACCACCUGCAUGGGAGACCACCGUGUUAAUACUCUUCAGUCGAGAUGUCACAAGGCAGAUCUAGACAUUGUAUUCUUAUACUCUAUCGCCACACCCCUAUUUAUUGAGCGGGUUGGAUUAUUAAUGUUUUAUCUAUCACUAUAAAUCAUUGUACUCUUUUUAUUAUUAAUAUAUUAUUUAGUAAUUUAUAUGUUAAAAAGUGAAAGAUUUUGCUGCCGAUCUUUCCAUAGUUGCAGGUACUGUUGCCGCACAGACUUUGUCUAUAAUACUUUUUUUAAAUUAGUAAAACAUACGCUAAGAUUCAAAACUUUGGGGUGCAAUAUGUUUUUUUUUUUCAGGAUCCUUAAAAAAAUGUAUUUGAAAUAUCAAUCUUUUAUAAAUACAGAUUUAUUGUCAAGUAUUAAAAGUAUUAAUUUCUUUAAAAAGAAUCGUACCAUUCCCAAAUUUUAAACAGUAGUGAAAAAAAAAAAUCAACAACCCUGUAACCGAUUUGUUCCCAUUUUUAAAUUCAAGAUUCCUUUAGAAACUUUAAAACAGCAGAUGUCUGUGUUCCAGCUGCUUUGAGUAAAUGCCGCAUUAUUUCACAGCACUUACAUUUCUGUUGAUUACCAGACAAAAACAAUGUUAUGGAAAAAAAUCCCUCUCCAGGUCUGUAUUAAUAAAUGUUUUUGAACAAUGAAA